AUGGCGCAUGCAAAUUCCGAAUGGAUUGUCCGUUUGCAUUAUGCAUUUCAGGAUGCACGCUUCUUAUACAUGGUCAUGGAAUACAUGCCCGGUGGUGAUUUGGAUGGCUUUGUGAAGUGCAUGACAGCAGUUGGAACCCCAGAUUACAUCAGCCCUGAAGUACUGGAAAUGCAAGGCACUGAAGGAGUAUAUGGACGUGAAGUCGAUUGGUGGGCUGUGGGUAUAUUCGUGUACGAGAUGUUGGUAGGCGAAACCCCAUUUUACGCUGAUUCACUUGUGGGGACAUAUACUCGGAUCAGAAACCAUGCAACAGAGCUCAACUUCCCGGAGGAUGUAGAGAUGUCCGAACAUGCGAAAGAUAUGAUACGUGCAUUUUUAUCCAGUUCAGAAAAACGGCUUGGCAAGGACGGCGUUGAAAGCAUAAAGCAACACCCAUUUUUCCUGAAUGAUGAAUGGACUUUUGAAACCAUUCGGCAAGCUGUACCACCAGUGAUUCCGGAACUGAAGAGUGACGAUGACGCAUCGCAUUUCGAUGAUAUCGAAGCAAAGGAACCUGAUCCGGCUGAAUUUUUUCAAAUCCCGAAAUCUUUUGCUGGCACCCAACUUCCUUUUGUUGGCUUUACGUAUUCGAACGAAACUGGGUACGUCUGUUUUUCAGUUUUAUUGAAGUUUAGGCGUAGUAUUUGUGGGCAGCCUAUAGCCAGUAUACAAAAGAUGCUAGAUUCGGCAACAUUGUCAGAUGGCGGUGCCGUGCAAGUUCAGGCUGCUUUAUGUCAGCUGAAUCAUAUUUCGGAAUCGGAGCUUGAGCUGAACGAGAAAUGCCGGCAUCAUGCGGAAGCGGAGGAACGUGCCAGGAAGCAACAGAACGAGUUACAUACGAAAUUAAAUGCGCAAACAGAAAUUGCCCGUGAAUUAGAUGAGCGGCUGCAAAAGAAUGUUGAAGAGGAAGCAGCGCUACAGCAGCAAAUCGAGCAGCUCUGCGCCCAGAAUGUCCAGGAACGCGAGAAUGUGCGACGAGCACAGCAGCGCCUCACUGAGCAAAAUGAAAAAACAGAGGAAUUGCGUGCCGAAUUGGCAGCAUUCCGUGAAAGAGAGAUGGCACUGAAAUGCCAAAUUGGAAAGCUCAGCGAAAGUAUAAUGGCAAGGGAGGAGAAUUUCUCGGAUGAGAAUCGGACAAAUGAUGAAAUCAGGCGGAACAACAUUCGCCUCGUAAACGAACUUCAGGCCGCCCACAAAAAGAUUGAACAACUCGCCUCAGAUUUCGAGCAGGAAACGAGCAGGAGGAUAUCUGCGCAACAUGAAGUGGACUGUAUUGCUGAUCAGUUGGCCAAUUUGCAAAAUUCGCUG